AUGUUCCCUCAAUUCGGCGCAACAGCAGAUACUCUAAGCAAGGCGUCGACAUUGGUGUUCCGGAUCGGUACGGACGCCCACCUCUACGACGAUCCCGAUGACGUCAGCAUCGCUCCUCUUCUUGACAGCAAGUUCGACUCUGAAAAAUGCGAAGCUCUCAAGCGCCUGCUCGCUCUCAUCGCCCAGGGCUUCGAAGUCUCCAAUUUCUUCCCUCAGGUUGUUAAGAACGUAGCAUCGCAGUCAUUGGAAGUGAAAAAGCUGGUUUACUUAUACCUGCUGCAUUAUGCUCAAAAGCGUCCGAAUGAAGCAUUGCUAUCGAUUAAUUACUUCCAGAAGGAUUUGGGAGAUCCAAAUCCGUUAGUGAGGGCAUGGGCCCUGAGAACUAUGGCGGGGAUCCGUCUACAUGUUAUUGCACCCUUAGUUCUUGUUGCCGCUGGAAAAUGUGCUAGAGAUCCCUCUGUGUAUGUUAGAAAAUGCGCGGCCAAUGCUCUUCCUAAGCUGCACGAUUUGCGCCUUGACGAAAAUACCGCGGGGAUUGAAGAGAUUAUCGGAAUAUUGUUGAAUGACCACUCCCCUUGUGUCGUUGGUGCUGCUGCCGCUGCUUUCUCUUCCGUUUGUCCCAAUAAUUUGGCUCUGAUUGGAAGAAAUUAUAAAAGGUUAUGCGAGAUUCUUCCUGAUGUAGAAGAAUGGGGUAAAAUAAUUUUAAUCGGGAUCCUUCUGCGCUAUAUAAUUGCGAGGCAUGGGCUUGUAAAGGAAUCCAUUAUGUUUUCUUUGCACAGUACAGAGAAUUCUCAAUCUGAAAAGGAUUGUUCAGACACCAACUCUGCGUUAGUGGAAGACAACGGUGACAUGAGUGGUCGUUAUCAGUCUGAAUUAGCAAAUAUUGUAUCCCGUUGUUAUAUUGAAGGACCAGCUGAAUAUUUAUCACGAUUAAGUCUCAUGAAUAAAGAUGCAUCUGAAUGCAAUUAUGCCCGUUUUACAUCUGGAAAGUCCAAUGAUGAUGUGAAGAUCCUGCUGCAGUGUACAUCCCCAUUGUUAUGGAGUAAUAAUAGUGCAGUUGUACUAGCAGCUGCUGGUGUACACUGGAUUAUGGCACCCAUAGAGGAUUUGAAAAGAAUUGUUAAGCCGCUCUUGUUCGUUCUAAGAUCAUCUAAUGCCUCAAAAUAUGUGGUUUUAUGUAACAUUCAAGUGUUUGCAAAAGCAAUUCCUUCACUCUUCUCUCUGUACUUUGAAGACUUCUUUAUAUGCUCUUCAGAUUCAUAUCAAAUUAAAGCUUUGAAACUGGAUAUACUGGCUUACAUUGCUACAGAUUCAUCAAUUUCAUUUAUACUCAAAGAAUUUAAGGAUUAUAUUAGAGAUCCAGACAGGAGAUUUGCUGCUGAUACUGUUGCUGGUAUUGGCAUAUGUGCGCAGCGACUUCCAGAAAUGGCAAACACAUGCUUAGAAUUUUUAUUGGCUUUGACCAGACAGCAACUUAUGACUGGUGAGUUCGGGUCUGUGGAUGGUGAAGCAGAUAUUUUGAUUCAAGCAAUAAUGUCUAUUAAAUCAAUCAUUCAGCAAGAUCCACCUGGUCAUGAAAAGGUUAUUAUUCAGUUGGUUCGUAGUUUAAAUUCAAUAAAGGUGCCUGCUGCCCGGGCUAUAAUUGUUUGGAUGGUUGGGGAGUAUAACUCUUUAGGUGAUCUCAUCCCAAAGAUGUUAGCUACAGUUCUCAAGUAUCUUGCAUGGUGCUUUACUUCAGAAGAGUUGGAAACAAAGCUUCAAAUUUGUAAUACUACUGUUAAGGUUUUAUUGCAUGCAAAAGGGAAUGAUCUGUUGACUAUAAAAAAAUUCUAA